AUGUCUGCCGACUCGAGCAUGACCUCCGAAGUUGAACAACCACCGCAGAGUGACAAGAAGAGUUUGAGUUCUCAGCCAUUAAUGUCAUCACUCCCUGACGAAAUCGUGGAGCAGAUACUUGCUCGUGUCCCGAGAUGGGAUUACCCUAAUCUCUCUCUCGUAUGGAAGAGGUUCCACACUCUCAUAUCUUCUCCCCAACUCUACACGACACGUUUCAACCUUGGAACCACCGAACCAUGUCUUUAUUUUUACGUACGUUCGUGUUGUAAGGAUACAUCUCUCCAAUGGUUCACUCUUUCGUUGAAACCUCAAGAAACAUGUGAUGGUGAGAUUUUGAAUGACUAUUCCUUGAUUCCUAUACCUUGCUAUCCCCAUCCUUUACGUUUACCAGAAAGAUCAACUGUAGCAGUUGGUUCCGAUAUCUACGUAAUUGGUGGAUGGGAUGAGCUAACUUCCUCAGUUAGGAUCCUUGAUUGUCGAAGUAACACAUGGCGUGACGGGCCUAACAUGACGGUAGCUCGAAAACUUCAUCAGGCGGUUCUCAUCAACCAGGAAAUAUAUGUGAUAGGAGGUUGCGAUGUUGACAAUUGGUUUGAGGUAUUGGACAUAAAGACUCAGACUUGGAGAGCCUUGCCGAGUCCUGGUGCGGGUCAUGAGCUUUGCAUUAAAAGUAUUUAUGUUAACCCUGAUGAUUUUAUAGGAAAGCUUUACGUAACGUCAUAUGACAAUGACUUCACUUAUGAGCCCAAAGAUGGUACAUGGAAAGUUGUAAGAGAGGAAUCGAGUUGGCGAGAGUUGAUGGAUUCGUGUGUGAUAGAUAAUGUAAUGUACAGUUAUGAUUACCCGGGGAUUAUUAAGUGUGGUAUUGUAGGAGCGCAAAAAUCGAAUCGAGAAAAAUACGAAUUUUAUUAA